AUGGAUGGCAUUGAAGAAAUUACAACUAGAGACGCUAUUAGAGAUACUACAAUCAGAGAUGCUAUCAAAGAUGCGAUAUUCAAAGAAGCUAUCAAAGAAGUUAUCAAAAAAGCUAACAUCAGAGACGCUAUAACAGAUGCUAGAUUUAGAGAUGCUAGAUUCAGAGAUGCUACCAACGAUGCUACCAAAGAUUCUACCAAAGAUUCUGUCACAUUCCAUAAUCCGACAUGCCACAAUCCGACAUGCUAG